GUGUGUGUGUGUGUGCGUGUGUGUGUGUGUGUGUCUGUCUGUGCCACCUCCCCGACUUCUCCUACCCCCCCCCGUUUACUAAAUGACGGCAGAAAUCCAACAGCCCCCGUCUCAGAACGCGGCUCAGAGCAGUCCCAUGUCUGCGGGCACUGAGAAGGCUCACAAUCAGAGCUCUGUGAUGGAAACGGCCAACUCCACCGCCAAAACUAAGAAAACAAACGCCGGGAUAAGGCGUCCGGAGAAACCUCCUUAUUCCUACAUCGCCCUGAUCGUCAUGGCCAUCCAGAACUCCCCGUCCAAGCGGCUGACCCUCAGCGAGAUCUACCAGUUCCUCCAGAGCCGCUUCCCCUUCUUCAGGGGCUCGUACCAGGGCUGGAAGAACUCCGUGCGCCACAACCUCUCCCUCAACGAGUGUUUCAUCAAACUGCCCAAAGGGCUGGGCCGGCCGGGCAAAGGCCACUACUGGACCAUCGACCCGGCCAGCGAGUUCAUGUUCGAGGAGGGAUCCUUCAGGCGCCGACCCAGGGGUUUCCGCAGGAAAUGCCAAGCCCUGAAGCCCAUGUACAGUAUGAUGAACGGAUUGGGCUUCAACCACAUCCCGGAGACCUACAACUUCCAAAGCUCCAGAGGUCCCAUGGCGUGUCCGCCGAACGGCCUGUCCCUGGACAGCGGCCUGAGCAUGAUGAACGCGCACUUGCCCAACAACCUGGACGGGAUGGGGCUGCAGGCGCACUCCGUGUCUCACCUCUCCGCCAACAACGGCCACUCCUACAUGUCCAGUUGCACGGGUUCCUCCGCCGGGGACUACGGGAACCACGCCGACGGCUCGGUGCCCGCCUCCCCCUUGUUGCCCAGCGGCGGGGUGAUGGAGCCGCACUCUAUGUACUCUACCCCGACCUCGGCUUGGGCUCAGCCCGCCUCGGCGCUCAACAACGGGACCUCUUAUAUCAAACAGCAGCCCCUGUCGCCCUGCAACCCGACCAACCUCGCGUCCAACCUGCCCGCGCACUCGCUGGAUCAGCCCUACUUACACCAGAACAGCCACAACGCGGCGGAUAUACAAGGAAUCGCCAGAUACCAUUCGCAGUCCCCGAACAUGUGCGAUAGGAAGGAAUUCGUCUUCUCUUUCAACGCCAUGACAUCUCCCCCGAUGCAUUCAUCAACUAAUGGAUCUUACUACCAUCAGCAAGUGAGUUACCAAGACAUCAAGCCUUGUGUAAUGUGACAAUGACAGAGGAAGGACCCGGUGGGGGCUCUGACAACUCACUCACUCCCCAUCAGCAUUGCACUGCAAGUCGCCCUUCAACGUUGGCACAACGAUGGUUUCCAGGUCCAUAUCCAAUUACCUUUUGGACCCUUCUUAUUCAAUGAAAUAAGCGGGACCCGGGAUUUUAACGGAGAGAGAGAGAGAGAGAGAGAGAGAAAGAAAAGAAAGACAAGAAAUUGUGAAGGCACUUUCAAGGGAUGCGAAAAUCUAAUAAGGUCCUAUUUAUUCCAAUCGUUAGCUAACCAUCAGCCGCAUAAAGGAACUUAACAUUGUGUGUGUGUGUGUGUGUGUGUGUGU